AUGGGCGACCUCUCAGACAUCGACAUCACACACAACAUCAUGGCCGCGGCCCAGCAGGUCUCGAUCACAGACGCCAACGGCGCAUACCAGCAGCCUGACCACUUGGACUUCUCGUGGGCGCCUCCACUGUACGAACGCAACAUCAACGAGGGGCGGCCUGUGCGCAUUGUAUGCGUUGGCGCGGGCUUCAGCGGCCUCUGCGCCGCCGUGCACUUCAAGGACCACCUCACCAACUUUGAGCUGCAGAUCUACGAGCGGGGCGACGAUGUCGGCGGGGUAUGGAACCAGAACCGAUACCCCGGUGUCGCGUGCGACGUGCCUUCUCACUCGUACCAGCUGAGCUUCUGCGAGAAGACGGACUGGUCGGCGUACUACGCCCCCGGCUCCGAGAUCCACGGGUACCUCAGCACCGUGGCCGAGCGCUACAACCUGCGCCAGUACAUCAAGCUGCAGCACACGGUCACGCACACACGGUGGGACGAGGAGAGGGGCAAGUGGUUCGUGACUGUAACAAACGCAGCGGGUGAGAGCCACGAGGACGAGUGCGACUUCGUGCUCUUCGCCACGGGCCUGCUCUCUAAGCCCAUUUGGCCCGAUAACAUCCCCGGCCGCGCGUCUUUCAAGGGCACAAUGGUUCACUCGGGCGACUGGAAGGCGGCCAAGCUUCCCGAAGACCCUGCGUUCUGGGCCGACAAGCGUGUCGGCGUCAUCGGCAUGGGUGCCAGCGGCGUACAGAUUGUGCCGACCCUCCAGAAAAAGGCUUUGAGCGUCACCAACUUUGGUCGUAGUAAGCUGUGGAUUUCGGGCGGCUGGGGCUCCAAGAUGUUCGAAAAGCUCCACAAGUACAAGAAGGAUCGCGGCACCAACUAUUUCUUCACGGACGAGGACAUUGCGGCGUUCAAGAGCGAGGAGGCGUAUCGCAAGUUCCGGUGUGAGAUCGAGGAGGACCUAGGAUCGACGCACGAGCUGUCGUUCCGAGGGCAUCCACUGCAGGCCGUAUUUGCGGACAAGUUCACCGAGACAAUGCGGGACAAGCUUGCACGCAAGCCCGAGAUCGCCGCCGCCAUCCUCCCCGACUUCCCCGUCGGAUGCAAGCGUCUGUCACCCGGCCCUGGAUACCUCGAGGCGCUGUGCGAAGACAAUUGUGGGCUGGUAACGGACAAGAUUGAGAGCUUCACGCCGCGUGGCAUCCGGACGGCAGACGGCACCGAGCAUGAGCUCGACAUCAUUGUGUGCGCGACGGGCUUCGACGUGACAUUUAUCCCGGCUUUCCCGAUCAUCGGCCGCGGCGGCAUCAACAUCCAGGAGCUGUGGGCCAAGGAGAGCCGCACCUACCUGGGCAUGUUCGCACCAGAGAUGCCCAACGCAUUCAACGUCCUCACGACGCAGGCGGCUGCAGGCUCAGGCUCCCUACUCGUCGUCCUCGAGCAGCAGUGCGCGUACAUUACCAAGAUGAUCGGCAAAUGCCAGCGGGAUGGGUACCGGUCGUUCGCUCCGCGGAGAAAGGCCGUCGACGACUUCCUCAAGUACACGGAUGCGUACUUUGGCCGGACGGUGCUCACGUCGAGCUGCCGGAGUUGGUACAAGAACGGGGAGACGGGUGAGGCGACGAUCCGCGCCAUCUGGCCCGGUAGCGGGUCCCACGCUUUCAUGGCUCUGCAGCACCCGCGAUGGGAGGACUUUGAGUGGGAGACCAUCAAGGAGCAUGAGCACUCGAUGAGCUGGCUCGGCAACGGGUGUGCACCGUACAUCGAUGGCGCGGGGGUGCACCUUGCCAUGCGCGGCUUCUACAGGCCUCAGACGCACUACAUUUACUAGACUUAGAUUGGUUGUACGCAGAGUAGUGAUAGGAGUGGCAGCAGAU